UAUAAAUACCUCAUUCAGACCUCCUUGUCAACCGUCGAUCCAAUUUAUACAGACUUGUCUUCUGAGGCUUAUUAUCGAAAGAGUUGAGAGCAGCAGAGAUGGCAAUGAAAUGCAGAGCUAGUUAUGCAGGAAUCAUCAUCCUAGUAACUGCCUCAGUGUUGGCAGUUAGCAUGGCAAGAAGGGUUGUUGUGGGUGGGUCUGAAGGUUGGCACUUUGGCUUCAACUACACCGACUGGGCUUUUCAAAAUGGCCCCUUCUACCUGAACGAUACUCUAGUGUUCGAGUACGAUCCGCCCAACAGCACCACCUUCCCUCAUAGCGUAUACUUGCUGCGAAACUUUUGGAGCUUUCUGAGGUGCGACCUGAGGAGAGCGAAGCUUGUUGGGAAUGUUUCGGCGGGAGGUGGGAGUGGGUUUGAGUUUGUGCUAAAGAGGUGGCAGCCUUACUACUUCGCUUGCGGAGAGCAUGACGGCAUCCAUUGCAAGGUGGGACUGAUGAAGUUCGUAGUGAUGCCAUUUCCUCGUUGUCAUGGCUGAGGAGGGAUAUACCCUUAUUGGGUUCUGUUCUCUCUACUCUUCUCUCGCUCCAUCUCAUAUUUUUGUGUCUGUAUUACUCGUCCCUCCCUGUGAAGGACUUAAAUAAGAGAGAUUUUCGUUUUUUAGCUCAAGUCCAUUUAAUUUUAAGUGGCGCUUUUUGUAGGAAAUAUCUAAUAUUUAUACCAC